AUGGCAACCAGAAGAUAUGCGGUUGGAAGAAUGGAUGAAGCAAACCAUCCAGACUCCAUAAGAGCUACCGUAGCUGAAUUCUUCUCCACUUGCAUCUUUGUCUUUGCUGGAGAAGGCUCCGCCCUUGCUCUAAGUAAGAUAUAUAGGGAUGAAGGUGCAUCAGCAGGUGAACUAGUGGUACUUGCACUAGCUCAUGCUUUUUCACUAUUUGCCGCUGUUUCUGCUAGCGCGCAUGUAUCAGGUGGCCAUGUGAAUCCAGCUGUCACUUUUGGUGCACUUAUUGGUGGUAGAAUCUCAGUUCUUAAAGCUGUUUAUUACUGGAUUGCUCAGCUUCUUGGUUCUGUUGUAGCUUCUCUUUUAUUGAGGCUUGUCACUAACAACAUGAGACCACAGGCCUUCAAUCUGGCGAAAAAUGUUGGUGCGGGACACGGGCUUCUACUUGAGAUUGCGAUGACAUUUGGUUUAAUGUAUGUUGUAUAUGCUACUGCCAUUGAUCCCAAAAGAGGCACCAUUGGCUCAAUUGCACCCUUAGCAAUUGGACUGGUUGUUGGAGCAAAUGUUCUAGCUGGUGGGCCAUUUGAUGGGGCAUGCAUGAACCCUGCUCGGGCUUUCGGGCCUGCUUUAGUGGGCUGGAGAUGGGAUUAUCAUUGGAUCUUCUGGGUGGGUCCAUUGAUUGGAGCAGCAAUAGCAGCGGUUAUUUAUGAAUAUAUUAUGGUUCCAACUGUGCCUUCUCAGACUCAUCCUCAAAAUCAACCUUUGGUUGCUGAAGAUUACUAG